CGUUUGACUACUGAUUACGUCACCAAAUUUAUCCGAACAUAUCAGCAGGAGCCAUUUUAUUCCGCGAAUGAAACUUCCGAUUUCCUAAAAAACACAAGACAUUCUCCUCGACAUCAAUUGCAGUGCGUCGUUGAAUCGAAUGGUAAACCUUUUCAUACGGCAAUGCGAAGGAAUCGGGUCUGUCUCCAUGGCUUAGUGUGCUGUAGCAUUUGGACCCAGGCAGAAGUCUCUCUUCAUCUUCUCCUAGCGGUGAGAUCAUCGUGACAUCACACCGGGACGGUAACUGCCCCUGCUGGUUACUAGGAAGCCCCCUGAUUUCCUCCCCCCCCCCCCGUGGAGAUGGAGCCCCAGGGGCUGCCCAGAGCAGAGGGGGAUUAUGAAAUGUUGGGUCUGCUGGUGCCCAGUCCCCAGAGUGAGGCGGUCACCCAUGAGCUGGAGGAGCUGACCCUACAGCCCAGCAACAACCUGCCUCCCCUCAACGAACGCAAGAACGUCCUUCAGCUGAGGCUACAGCAGAGACGCACCCGUGAGCAGCUGGUAGACCAGGGCAUCAUGCCUCCUCUAAAGAGCCCAGCGGCAUUUCAUGAGCAGAUACGCAGCCUGGAGAGAGCCAGGACUGAAAACUUCCUGAAACACAAGAUCCGCAGCCGACCAGAGAGAUCUGAACUGGUCAGAAUGCACAUCCUUAAGGAGACUGGGGCAGAGCCCUCCCUGCAGGCCACCCAGAUGAAGCUGAAGAGGGCCAGGCUGGCUGACGACCUGAAUGAGAAGCUGGCCCAGCGCCCCGGCCCCAUGGAACUGGUAGAAAAGAACAUUCUGCCUGUAGAACCCAGCGUCAAGGAGGCCAUCAUUGUAAACUACCCCAAAGCGCUGGACACGUACGGGUUUGAUGAGGACAGCGGGGACGCCCUGUCUCCAGAGCAGCCAGCCAGCCAUGAGUCCAAGGUCUCCACACCCUCCCCUGGGGAACCUCGGGCCCUGGAGGCCCCCUGCCCACCACCGCUGCCCACAAUCACCAACAACCACACAAUCCUACAGCCCUUUCCUGUUGUCACCCAGGCAACGGCAGACUUCCUCAAAGCUCUCUCCACCCAAGAGCUGCCAGUCAGUCGCCCAGCACCCGCGUCUCAGCCUAUCAUCACUGUCGUUCCUUCAAAGCCAGGGCCCACCCUAGUGAAACAGAGCCAGCCCAAACAGCCGGGAGAGAGGAAUCGCAGUAAGAAGGGCAAGGACCCAAAGCCCCGGGUCAAGAAGUUAAAGUACCACCAGUAUGUCCCCCCAGACCAGAAACAGGAGGCCAGCGAUGCCCCCAUGGACUCAUCCUACGCCAAGAUCCUCCACCAGCAGCAACUCUUCCUCCAGCUGCAGAUCCUCAACCAACAGCAGCAGCAGCACUACAACUACCACACCAUCCUCCCAGCACCCUUAAAACCUGUAGCUGAGGGUCAGAACAGCGGUGUGAGCGGCCUGCCAACCUCUAUAGUGCUGUCCCUGCCUCCUGCCCCCCAUGUCACUGUCCCUCCUCCCACCCCUGUCCGUCCCAACAACAGCCUAUCCAACCGCAAGCCUGGCCAACUGCCUCCUAACCUGGAGGACAUGAAGGUGGCCGAGUUGAAACUGGAGCUGAAAUUGCGAAGCCUCCCUGUCUCAGGGACCAAGACUGAUCUCAUCGAGAGGCUGAAGCCCUACCAGGAGAGUCCAAGCACCCCGGCCCCUACCACAGUCCCAAACCCCGGCCCUAAAACCCUCCCCUCAGUUCCCAUAGAGGUUGGCUCAUCCCCUGCACUUCUACCUGCCCACCAGGUGGCACCAGAGAGCAUGAGCGCCACAGCCCCAGUGUCCCCAAUCCCCACAGACCUCGCCACCUUCAGAGACGACGGAGGGAUGCCCAGGGUAUCCAAGCUCCUUUGCGACCCCCAGAGGGUGAGCCUCUGUCGGACAGGCGCGGGGAUGUCCCACCUUGGCCUGGGUGUUGUCCCGGAGGAGAAGGACCGGCGGCUCCAUGAGAAGGAACGUCAGAUUGAGGAGCUGAUGAGGAAGCUGGAGCAGGAGCAGAUGCUGGUGGAGGAGCUCAAGAUGCAGCUGGGGGUAGAGAAGAAGACCCAGCCCCUCCAGGGAUCCUCAGACCCCGUCCCCAUGAUCCAGACCUUCAACGCAGUCAAAAUGGAAGGCAGGGUCCUUCCUAACUGCUCAGCCAUGAUUAACUCAACCCUGGCCCCCCAGACUCUCCCCACUGUGGUGAAGGUAGAGGAUGUCAUUUGUAACUCCAGACCCCAUUCCCAGCCUAAUCCGGCCCCCAGUCUGCCCCAGUUUUUCAUCAGCCACCAGGGGAGAGUGUCUCAGGUUCUAGGCCAGCCUGUUUCCCAGACCCUACUCACGGCCCAGGAUGGCUCUACUCAGAUCCUCCUUCCUGUCCUCCAGGCUACGUUGUCAAAUCAGGCCUCAGGUCUGAUGCAAGCCUCCAUCUCCCAGCUGCAUACCACCAAGAUGGAGACAGCCUCCACUCAGCAGAUAACUAAUCACAACCACAUUUUGCAGACUGUUACAGUUUGUAACGGCUCUGGGAUGGUGGAGAACCAGACUAUGCCCGACAUGCCUCCCCAGUGUUUCCUGAGCAGCUCCCCAGAUAACAGGCUCUCUCCCCGUGGGGCUUCACCCAGCCACAACCUUUCCAAUGGGCCUGUUAACAAGUCCCCCUCUCCAUCCCAGCCCACCUUCAUCCUCCACCCCUCCUCCCUCGUUACCCAGCCCCCCAAGACCAGGGAGCCCCCUCGCUACGAGGAUGCAGUUAAACAGACCCGCAACCUGCAGCAGGCCAACAACCUCACACAGGUUUCCACGGCAACCAGCCAGCAGAUGGAUGACCUGUUUGACAUCCUGAUUCAGAGUGGAGAGAUCACGCCAUUCAUCCAGCAGGACCUGCCUUCUCUAAGCACUAAGACUGUCCCUGUCACAGCCAACAUCACUACCCUACCUGUCAACACUGCCCUGUUCAGAACCCCUCCACAGAUCCAGGUUGCUCCCCCUCCCACCCCUCCCUUCAACCCCCUGCCCCUCCCCAGCCUGGCCUCCGACAACCAGCUGGAGGCCUUCCUGGAGGGGACUCUGAACAACCCGUCCCCAACCACGGAUCCCCGCACCCUGGGUCUGAUCGAGGAGUUGCAGUCCCAGCUCCUGGAUCAACCCUACUCCCCAAUGGACACCUCAGAGCUGUCCUUCUGCGACUCCACGUCUCCCCCUUCCUCCCUCAACAUGGGCUUGUCCGACACAGUCCUGGACAACAUGGAGUGGCUGGAUCUAACCAUGCCGUCCGACCCCGCGGGGGGGCUCACACCCCUGGGGAUUCCUUCAGACUUCCUGGAUACACACGACCUGCAGCUGCACUGGGACUGAGGGAGAAGGGAUGGAUGGAGUGAGGAAGGAAGGAAGAGGAGGAGUGGUGCAGGGAUAGAGGGACUCAAUGUAACAAAUACAGACUUGGUCAGGUGAUGUUAGUCCUCCUUGUGUAUUUAAAACAUAAAAAAUAUUUAAAAUGUUAUGCCAUAUAAUAAGAUUAGCCAGCUGGUGAUCGGGGCAGUGGAUGUUUAAUAGGAGUACUGGGACCAGAGCCAAAUGAACAAGGAGGCAGGUGGUAUGUAAAUAUCCUGUAAAUGUUAGCUGUUCCCUCAGCCCUGCUGGAGUUUUUAUUGAAUUGGGCAAAGCUUUCACUAUACAACACAUGGCAGUCAGCCUUACGCUGUUCAGCUUUCCUUGCGGUGAACACGUGGAUGUGUUAACUUAGCAUGCGUUUCACAUUGGUCAUGCUACAGGGUCUGGAUCUACAGCCAUUGCUCUGUGGAAGCAUGCUGCUGUGCCAUACAGUCAGUCUGAGAAUGUGGUUUGUUUAUUACAGAUCUGCUGUGCACAAGCCACGACAAACAGCAUAACUGACCCAAGUAAAACUGACAAGAGUACAAGGCUGUUUUACACUGGUCUUUUUUUUUGCGCCAUACCUAUAUUUGGUAUUGCGACAUACCUAUAUUUGGUAUUGCGACAUACCUAUAUUUGGUAUUGCGACAUACCUAUAUUUGGUAUUGCGACAUACCUAUAUUUGGUAUUGCGACAUAGCUACAUAUAGUUUUGGAUGAGACUGUUUUUUUCCUGAACAAAACAGACGCUGUGGUCAGUUGGACUAUUUAAGCAACUGAACUGACACUGAGAACAAAGACUCACUCCUAUUGGAUGAGGAGGAGUGGACUCCUCCCACUCUGAGCUAUGCACUAAGGAGGCGGGCCUUACACCUGCCCCUCACACAAGGAAAUCUGAAUCACAGAUAAAGAUUUUAAUGAACCGUUUAUUGAAAAAAACGUCGAUCCACGUGUUGGUUAUCUUUGUGUACUUUCAAUUCAAGGAUUCCAAGUUGAUCCGUCUGAAAGAAAGUGGAGACUACAUUGUUGGCAGCUUUAUCUUCUGAAAGACAACUGACGUAUCAGUGGCAAGGGAACAAUUAUGCUAUCACACAGGUACACUACAUAGAGGUUAAUGUGUAUAUACUUACUGUAUGCUAGCCUGGUCCCAAGGCUGUUUGUGCUCUUGCCAACUCCAUUGCUUAUUGCCAAGCAUGUUUGACAUGACAAUGAGUGACAAGAAGUUGGCAUGAUAGUCUGAGUGCCAGUUGUUUUGUAUGCUACAAGUGUUUGUGACAUGUUUUAAUGUGGCUGCAUGACCUCUGGCAGAAAGAGGUGCUAUACUGUAAUCUUCUCUGUCUGUCCUGAAAUCUGUCUGUCAAAUCUCUGCAUUUGUCUCGGUCUCUCAGCAUUCUUCUCAGUCUCUCAUUGUGUGUCUGUGGUUCUGUCUGAGAAAUGAUGCAUGAUGUCUCUGUCUGCAUGUGUGUCUAUGUGUGCCCUUUCUGUGUGUCUCUGUGUUGUUGAACGUUUUAAACCAUGUCUGAUAUCGGGCUAUAUUUGUCUCUGUCACUGAGUUGGCUGCAACUCACUUGAGUCGUCUUUAUUUUUAUGAAGUUGGACGUUCAUAAGACAAAUGAACAACUUUUAUAGGCUGAGUUUUAAAAAGGUUUGUCUCACAGAACAGCUUUGUAGGACUGUUCCCUCUGUCCUGUUUGGUUUGUGUUAUGUGGUAAAACGCACAGUAAACACCCACAGUGGUGUGACCAACAGAGUUAAACUAAAAGGGAUGACAUUAAGCUUCUGGUAUAGCUACCAUUUUGUGGCUGAAUUUGAUGAUGGUGUUUGUGUAUAAUGUAUAAUUUUUUU